GAGGUUUUGUCUGGAGCUGUGCGGCCUUCACACAGGCUGUCGCAGGAGCAGGAGCAACAAGCGAACCGCGAGCGGAGAGGAGAGACAACGAGGAAACAUCCCGACGCUCCGGUCCAAAGCGGUUUGAGAAGCCUUCUAGGCCUCCUAGUCGUAAUAAUAAUAAGAGAAGAACCGCGUCGGGAUCCUCUGAAUCCGCGCUAUGGAGCCCCAGCUGCUUUGCUGCGAGGUGGAGACCAUACGGAGGGCUCACCAGGACCACAACCUCCUGAACGACCGCGUCCUGCUCACCAUGCUGCGGGCGGAGGAGAACUACCUCCCGGCGCCCAACUACUUCAAGUGCGUCCAGAAGGAGAUCCUCCCCGGGAUGAGGAAGGUGGUCGCGACCUGGAUGCUGGAGGUUUGCGAAGAACAGAAAUGUGAGGAAGAGGUUUUUCCACUGGCGAUGAACUUUUUGGAUCGGUUCUUGUCUGUGGAGGCGACCCGGAAAAGCAGACUCCAGCUGCUGGGGGCGGCCUGCAUGUUCCUGGCCUCCAAGAUGAAGGAGACCGUCCCCCUCACUGCCGAGAAGCUCUGCAUCUACACCGACAACUCCAUCCAGCCCGGGGAACUCCUGCAAAUGGAGCUCCUGGUUCUCAGCAAGCUGAAGUGGGACCUGGCCGCGGUGACCCCGCACGACUUCAUGGAACACUUCUUAUCCAAGCUCAACAUCCACCCCAGCACCCGGCAGAUCCUGAGGAAGCACGCCCAGACCUUCGUUGCGCUCUGCGCUACAGACGUCAACUUCAUCGCCAGCCCCUCGUCUAUGGUGGCGGCGGGCAGCGUUGCGGCGGCCGUGCAGGGCCUGUACCUCAAGAGCCCCGACAGCUCCCUGUCCGCGCACAACCUCACCAACUUCCUGUCGCAGAUCAUCCGCAGCGACCCGGACUGCCUGCGGUCGUGCCAGGAGCAGAUCGAGGCCCUCCUGGAGUCCAGCCUCCGCCAGGCCCAGCAGUACAGCGUCUCCACGGAAACCAAGCACUCCGAGGAGGAGGUGGACCUGUCCUGCACCCCCACCGACGUCAGGGACAUCAACAUCUGACCGCCUCUGACGUGACGUGGAGAAGCAUGGACGACCCGUCUGGGCGGACACCCCAGGGGACCGAGGGGGAGGGGAGGAAAGGUGAGGGAGGGGCCCCCAGGUGCAGAGCGCGCUCCCGUACAGCCCGACGCGGGCCCCACGCCCCACCUCAAACGGUCUCCACGGUCCGGGUGACCCGGGCCCCCCACCCGGCCUCCGGCCCCCUGCCCAUUCAGCCCCCCCCCGAUGCCAGAGUCACAGGGGCCCUUAAUGUUCCUGCCUUCCUGUCUGUCCGUCUAGCGCUCUGUCUGGGGCCCCCCGGGCCCGUGAGCGCCGCAGAGAGACAGACAAACAGACCAGACAGAGAUCCGCCGGGGCGACGCCACACGGUGACGCGUGGCCGCCGGCGCCGUACAUAAAGCCCACACUCGGGCUCGUAAAGUGAAGCCAGUUCACCGUGCCUCCUGAGAACGUCCCGGGACGGCGAGUGGGCCAGCGCAGUCCUGAGGUUCUACAGGUGUCCUGAAGGCCCCUGGUCGGCUAGGGCCCAGCCAAGCCCCUCCCUCCGACUCGUGUGUCUUGCUUUAUAGACUUUCAUUCAUAAUUUUGCAUGUGUGUUUAGUCACUUUACUGUACGUGAUGAUAGCCCUGUUAUGCUUUUAUAUUCACUCCAGUGUACGCCCCCCCCCCCCCCCCCCCCCCUCUAAAUUCAUGCUGGUCAUUUAAAUUAAGCAAGUCUGUUUCUUGUGAAAUGCUCUGUUUUAAUGGUAUCUGCGGAUUGCUUGCUUAAGUUAGUGCAACUUUCUUAACUUAACAAUUUCGCAAUUAUACAAUUAUAUAUUUUUUGUGUUUUCGGUUGGAUAAUCUGAUUGGAUAAUUAAUGUGCGAGUGUGGCAAAGCAAUCCACCAUCAAUUCUUAUCUUCACUAUGUUCAUUUUGUUUUGUGUAGUUAGCCUUUUCUUUGUCAUACCAUUCCAGUUUAUUUUUCUGUAAAAAAAAAAAAGACAACAAAAAAAACAAGCACUUUCGGUCAGCCUGCUGACUUUUUUAUUUUAAUUUCACGUCGCCGGAUGUGAGCCGAUGUUAAGCUAUGGUGCCCAGAGUCGAGACAGACCGCGUGUCCUUCACAGAACCCCGCUCUGUGAUACGUUUGAAACAGCUCAAUCUUUUGGAAGAAUCAAGGAUGACAACGCACAAGGACAAACCAACACCUUCUCAGUCGUAUACAAUUCAUACAUUUGUGCAGCUGCUGCCCAAUUAAAAAGUCCUAAAUUUCAUCUCAAACCACGACCCAUGUAGGUAGGACGGUGAGGACUGUGUGUAGACUAAGGAGAUUAUUUUGCACAAACUGCAACGUUGGCUGUUGUGCACGCCUUGCCCUCAGGAGAUGGCAGAGGGGAAUAAGGUUUCUGAUUGUGUGUUAGGAUGGAGAAAGGGAGGAAAACACUCCCUGAGUUCCGCUGCUAUGGAAAAUCAAUCCCACCGUGUAUGAUGACCAGAGAAAAAAAAAAGAAAUGCUUUUUUCCUAUGUUUUGCUGCUAUUUUGUUUUGUUUUUAUACACACAAUGUCGAUAUCCUAUCACGAUGGGUUUGUAUUUUCAAAUAGAAAAUGUUAUUGACAUCAUGUCUGUUGUUUCUAGGUUAGAUUCUAUGAUCUUUGUCAUUAUGUUUUGUUCAUAUUAAUUAAGUUGUUGUGCUAUUACAAAAAGGAAAAAAGGAAAAUUGAAACAAAGGCUUUGAUCCACAAUACCUCAUGCAACCCUCAAUAUAUCUGUAAUGUCUAUUGUUCUAUCGUUGGUGUCGGUCGAGUGCCACCACUCACAGACAGAUUCGCCCUAUCGGAAACAUUAGCUCUCAGUAGCUCUGCUGAGCAUGAAGCUGUCUCUGUAACAGAGACUCUAUAUCCCUGCUAUGGGCCCGUGAGGCCACUCCCUCCCUUUACUGUUGUUCUAUUUAUAAAGAAAAGCUUUCCCCCCUCCAGGUUUCAAAGUGUCGAUGAGUUGAAUUUGAGAGUAAUGUUGUGCUUGGUAAGCCAUAGACAUCCUUUUGUUUUACGAAUCAUUCCACACGCUCAUUUCCACCGGUCGUCCUAUUGGUCAUCGAAAGGCAACACUUUAUUGUAUUUGUGUUGACUGCACAAUAAAGAAAUUAAAAGAAA